AGGGGCACCAACAUGGCGGCUCCACAUUAACUUUCCCCCCCUUCGGCAGUCGCUGCCACCGCCGGCCGCCCCUCUCUUGGGUAGCCGUCAUGCCGGGCAUGAUGGAGAAAGGAGCCGAGCUCCUGGUGGGCGCUAAGAACAGGGCGGCCCCCAACGGCACCAAGAACGGCGGUGGUGGCGGCAGCAGCCCCGGUUCCAACGGGAACUUUUUCGAGCCGGAAAGCGGCAGCGGCGGCGGCGGUGACAGCGGCGACGAGCACGAUGUAGGAAUGAGGGUCGGAGCAGACUAUCAAGCUCGCAUCCCUGACUUUGAUCCUGGAGCUACAAAAUACACAGAUAAAGACAAUGGAGGGAUGCUUGUGUGGUCUCCUUAUCAUAAUAUUUCUGAUGCCAAAUUGGAUGAAUAUAUUGCUAUAGCAAAGGAAAAGCAUGGAUACAAUGUGGAACAGGCACUUGGAAUGUUGUUCUGGCAUAAGCACAACAUUGAGAAAUCCCUUGCAGAUCUCCCAAAUUUUACGCCUUUUCCAGAUGAGUGGACAGUUGAAGAUAAAGUCCUUUUUGAACAAGCUUUCAGUUUCCAUGGAAAAAGCUUUCACAGAAUUCAACAAAUGCUUCCAGACAAGACUAUUGCAAGCCUUGUAAAAUAUUACUAUUCCUGGAAGAAAACACGUUCUAGAACAAGUUUAAUGGACCGCCAAGCUAGAAAACUAGCUAAUAGAAAUAAUCAAGGUGAUAGUGAUGAUGAUGUUGAAGAACCUCACCCUAUGGAUGGAAAUGAUAGUGAUUAUGAUCCCAAAAAGGAAAAUAAAAAAGAGGGGAAUCAUGAGCAGCCUGUGCAGUCCAGCAAAAUAGGAUUAGGUAGAAGAGAAUAUCAAAGUUUGCAACAUCGUCAUCAUUCUCAGCGCUCUAAAUGCCGUCCUCCAAAAGGCAUGUAUUUAACUCAAGAAGACGUGGUAGCGGUUUCAUGUAGCCCCAAUGCCGCCAAUACACUUCUUAGGCAGCUGGAUAUGGAGCUGAUCUCACUGAAGCGACAGGUCCAGAAUGCUAAACAAGUAAACAGUGCACUUAAGCAGAAAAUUGAAGGUGGAAUAGAUGAAUUCAAACCUCCUGAGUCAAAUCAAAAAAUAAAUGCCCGUUGGACAACAGAAGAACAACUUCUUGCAGUUCAAGGUGUCCGCAAAUAUGGUAAAGAUUUUCAAGCUAUUGCUGAUGUAAUUGGCAAUAAGACUGUUGGCCAAGUGAAGAACUUCUUUGUAAACUACAGGCGUCGUUUUAACCUAGAGGAGGUAUUGCAGGAAUGGGAAGCAGAGCAAGGAACCCUGGCUUCUAAUGGUGAUGCUUCUGCUUUAGGAGAGGACACAAAAAAUGCUAAUGUGUCAUCAGGAAAAAGUACAGAUGAAGAAGAUGAGGCCCAGAUCCCUCAGACACCUCAAUGUGUAGGGUCUUCUCCACCAGCCCAGGCGUCUACUCCAACACCAGCAACCCCUGUAACAACUUUGAACCAGCCUCCUCCAUUGCUUCGUCCAACCCUUCCAGCUGCUCCAGCUCUCCAUCGUCAGCCUCCACCACUACAGCAACAAGCUCGAUUUAUUCAACCAAGGCCAACCCUAAACCAGCCCCCUCCACCACUCAUCCGUCCAGCUAAUUCCAUGCCUCCUCGUCUAAACCCAAGACCAGCACUGUCCUCCACUGGUGGGCCACAGCCACCUUCACUUAUUGGAAUCCAGACAGAAUCACAGUCACCGCUACAUUAAACAAAUAGGGCAGAACUAUGAUAAUUAAAGUAGUAUCAGUGUCUACUUUCCUCAGCUAAUGAAGAGGUGAAGGGAGGGAAAGGAAGCUUUCCACAGUAUUGAACUGUCACAAAGAAGAAGGUGGAAAUGGAUAUAUAAUAUGUGAAUGAUCUUCUGAGCGAGAGAAACUUCAGUGCAGUAGAUUAUUGCAAAGAAAACCAUGUCUACAAAGUCAGCAUUUUACAAAGCUAACUUCUUUUUAAAAAAGAAAAGAAAAUUCACUGCACUGUGACUUCAACUUGUUUUUACUCUAUUUAUUUUAUAAAAUCCUUUAUAUUCAACUUCAUGGAAAUAAACCAUCUGGAUAGUGAAAGCGUUUCAAUUUAAGAUUCAAAGAGGGCUGUAAAUGUGAUAAACUGGGGAAAUUAUUUUUACAUUUUCCUAUGUUAGGAGCGCAAGUAUUACUGACAAGCCUGCCAUUCAGAUUUUGACAGAUACCACCACUUCAUACAUUUUUCUAGGCUUGUAUUUUCUAUAUUUCUUCAUAAAGUACUUUUCUUCAGUCUACUUGUUGGAAAAGUUUUGAAGAGUGCAAAGCUAAGGUACUAAAGAGGUUCAACUAUAUAUGUGGUCCUCUAAUACUGGAAACAUGACUUACUAGUGCAGACUCUGUGAUAGACAGCAAGCUACCAUCCAACACUGGUAGCCAGGUGGCUAAUAAAGUCACAGUUGUCUUCUUUUUAAUAAACUUUGUAAUACUACUUCUUACCUGAAAUUUUAUUCUAUUAAGUUCUGAAAUAAUUUGGCGAGGAAUGCUGAAUUCCAUACGUAUAGGGCAG